AUGGCUUCAACCUCCAAACCUGAAUUAUACAGUAUCGAUGACUUCGAGAAGUAUGCGUCUGAUCACCUCCCCAAGAUGGUCAAGGACUAUUUCAAUGGAGCGGCUCUCGACGGCGUGACGCUGCGUGCGAAUCUAAGCAGUUAUUUGGACUACUACAUCCGACCUCGCGUGCUUCGGGAUGUGUCCAAGGUGAAGACACGAACUCGCGCCUUCAAGGAUGGCAACGAGAUUCCUUUCCCGCUCUGUGUAGCACCAGCCGCUAUGCAAAAGAUGGCUCAUCCAGAAGGCGAAGAGGCUAUGGCCCGAGGGUGUGCUGGGUUCGGCACCGUUAUGGGACUGAGCAGCUUUAGUACGACAUCUCUUGAGGCCGUCAAAGAACAAGCCGAUAGAGCGAGACGCAGUGCGGGCUUUGUCGGAGAAAGCGAGUGUGUGUUGCAAAUGUAUCUAUUCGAAAACUUCCAGACCAGCGUGGACCUAAUCCGCCGAGCAGAAAAGAAGGGCUACAAGGCCAUCGUUCUGACAGUCGACACGCCUUACUUUGGAAGACGACUGACUGAAAUCCGUAAUCGCUUCAAGCUACCCGGACAUCUCCGAAUGGCGAACUUCCCAGACUCAUUGGGGGUCAAGACUGGAUCUGAACAUCGCACCAAUGACUUGGACAAGGCGAGGCCACUCACACCGCACGCGGCAAAUCCGUCCUUGACGUGGGAGUCAAUCAAACAACUCAAGCAGGUCACUAGCUUGCCCAUAUGGCUCAAGGGCAUCAUGACCCCCGACGAUGCGAUGUUAGCAGUUGAGCAUGGAGCGGAUGCCAUUUUUGUGUCAAACCAUGGAGGACGACAACUCGAUCACGCGCCUCCGACUUUAUCGGUGCUACGAGAGAUUGCCGAGGCGGUCAAGGGGAGACUACCAAUCCACUUUGACGGCGGUGUCCGGAGAGGAUCGGACAUAUUCAAGGCUCUUUGCCUCGGAGCUGACAUUGCCUGGAUUGGCAGACCGGCCCUCUGGGCACUGGCGUAUGACGGAGAAGACGGGGUCCGGAAUGCACUGAAGAUACUUGAGGAGGAGUUUAGAGCUUGCAUGGCGUUGUCUGGCUGUGCAAGUCUGCAAGAAUUGGGGCCACACUGUCUGAUGGCCACGGAGCGCACGGAGAGGGGGAAACUGUAG